CCGCGAACUUAAAAACCACCGCGAACAUUCCAUUUUCCCGCUACCACGAAAUUAAAUCCCCUCGAACCUAAAUGCAUUUACAGUACGUCCCCGGUCGAACCAGUUUUGACAUUGUGCACUUUGCGACAAGACAAUGGCGUCGGAAACAGCUCCUGUAUGGCCACAGAACUACACGUCUUCCGACAAGCGCAAAGAAGGAGGAAUACGACAUAGAAGAAGACUGGUUGUUUUCUUAACUUUACUUUGUCUAUCGGUUAUUACUAAUGCCUUACUGUGGCUGUCAAGACAGGGGGGACUGACAAAUCUGAUGCUGCUUGCCAGACGAGACAAAAAUACGACGGACGGGAAUUCUUCGCGUCCAGUCUUCCCUGAAGUCUCUGAGGCACCAUUCAGUGUUGAAGACGUUGAGUUGAGACGGAUAAGAAAUGCUGCAUCGAAACUUCAUCCGGACAGAAAAUUUAGGCUGGGAAAGUGGCCAGUGUCCUGUCUUCGGAAAACGGGGAAAACAAAAUCAAAGAAACAUUGCCCUCCAUCUAAACACAAGAUAGGAAACUAUAGGAGAUGCGCCGUAGUUGGAAACAGCGGCAUCGUAUUGGGCAGCAACUGCGGUGCUGACAUCGAUGCCAAAGAUUACGUCAUACGAAUAGAUCUGCCACCUGUCGCAGGAUUUGAAAAGGACGUUGGCCGAAAAACCAACAUGACAGUUUUAAACAUGGACACACCAAAACGGCUUGAAAUAUCUUCUCGUUUGAAAAACAGAAGUCUGGAUAUGUACGAACAUCGCUUGAGGGGCAUCGCCGGUACAGUUCUACUUGCAAAUAGAGAAUCCCAACCUUAUCUCAAGAAGGCUUUCCAACGAUAUCAUGUUUCCUUCGUCUUGUUGACCAGCGCAUCAAGCUUUACAAGUGCAGAGAAAAUCAACCCGAUCGCUUCUAAGAUAGCCCGGAAGAGAUACAUGAAGAAACAUCCAUCCACUGGUAUGGCGACCGUCCUCAUAGCCACCACGUUCUGUGACCGGCUCUUUCUGUACGGCUUCUUCCCGUUUGGUCAGGAUGAGAACAAGAGACCCAUUCCUUACCACUACUACCCAGAUGAUGGAAUAAGACAAAAACCGAUCGCUAAAGAUAAGAUGCAUCACAUGGACACGGAGUACAGUUUUUACAAAAGACUGAACCAAAGCUCUAAAGGCGUUUUGAAGUUACAUAUUCGAGAGUGUGACAACCAGUAAAUGGCUUUCGUAAAUGAUAUGA